GGGGCGGGGGUGCGGCGCCGGCGUGCGUGCGGCCGGCGCGGGGACAGGAGGACCCGACUUGGGAGUGAUCCCGGGCAGGUCACCCUGGGGCGAGGGGGUCUGGAGUUGGGCCAGUGGGGUGGCGACUCUGGAGGGCGCAGGACCCCAAGGAGACAGAAGGACGAAAGCUGGAGGGGGGAUCCGAAGAGCCGCGAGAGCUACGGGGGGCGGGGUGGGGUAGGGAAGAGUGGGCGCACCUGGAGGUGAGACUGGGGGGUGGUCAGGAUAUGAAACUAGCGCGGAGGGGGCUCAGGAGCAGAGAUGGGUGAGGUGGAAGAUACGGUGGGGGUUGCGUGAGGUCUAGUCAGUCGUGAUAAUAACCGGAGGUGUUAAGUUCCAAGAUACAGGAGGUGGGUUAAGAAGGAAUGCCGGUGGAGACAAGGGAUCUUAGACAGGGGGGCGCCCGGGGGUGGGCAGCGGGUGAGGAGUGUUGAGCUGAGGUCCGGGGCCACGUGGAGAACUGGCAGGGUGGGAGCUCACUAGGCAAUGGGCCGGUGGGCUGGGGUGUGAGGCUAGUAUAAAAAGUGAAGCAGGAGCCGGAUGGAGGUGAGGAUGAGACUAGUUGGGGAGGCAUCUCAGAAAUGAAGCCUGCGUAGAUUGAGGGCAGACCCAGAGUGGAAGGGUAUCCAGGGAGGGAACUCCACAGUGAGGCCAGAGUCUGGUCAGAGGGCACUCCCCCCCGCCCCGCAUGAGUGAAGCCUCUCCCUGGUGGUCUCUGGAGCCAUGUUAUCCCGCAAGGGCAUCAUCCCUGAGGAGUAUGUGCUGACGCGGCUAGCGGAAGACCCCGCAGAACCCCGGUACCGGGCUCGGGAGCGGAAGGCCCGCUUCGUGUCCAAGAAGGGCAACUGCAACGUGGCCCACAAGAACAUCCGGGAGCAGGGCCGCUUCCUGCAGGACGUGUUCACCACACUAGUGGACCUCAAGUGGCCACACACACUGCUGAUCUUCACCAUGUCCUUCCUGUGCAGCUGGCUGCUCUUUGCCAUGGUCUGGUGGCUCAUCGCCUUCGCCCACGGUGACCUGGCCCACGGAGAGGGCACCACCGUGCCCUGCGUCACCAGCAUCAACUCUUUUUCAUCUGCCUUCCUUUUCUCCAUCGAGGUCCAAGUGACCAUUGGCUUCGGCGGGCGCAUGGUGACUGAGGAGUGCCCACUGGCCAUCCUGAUUCUCAUUGUGCAGAACAUCGUGGGGCUCAUGAUCAACGCCAUCAUGCUGGGCUGCAUCUUCAUGAAGACCGCCCAGGCCCACCGGCGGGCCGAGACCCUCAUCUUCAGCAAGCAUGCAGUCAUUGCGCUGCGCCAUGGCCGCCUCUGCUUCAUGCUGCGCGUGGGCGACCUUCGCAAGAGUAUGAUCAUCAGCGCCACCAUCCGAAUGCAGGUGGUGCGCAAGACCACCAGCCCCGAGGGCGAGGUGGUGCCCCUCCACCAGGUGGACAUCCCCAUGGAGAACGGUGUGGGGGGCAACAGCAUCUUCCUGGUGGCUCCCCUCGUCAUCUACCACAUCAUCGAUGCCAACAGCCCGCUCUACGACCUGGCCCCCAGUGACCUGCACCACCACCAGGACCUCGAGAUCAUUGUCAUCCUGGAAGGUGUGGUGGAAACCACGGGCAUCACCACCCAAGCCCGCACCUCCUACCUGGCCGACGAGAUCCUGUGGGGUCAGCGCUUUGUACCCAUUGUGACCGAGGAGGAUGGCCGCUACGCCGUGGACUACUCCAAGUUUGGCAACACCGUCAAAGUGCCCACGCCGCUUUGCACAGCCCAUCAGCUUGAUGAGGACCGCAGCCUGCUGGACGCCUUGACCCUCGCUGCGGCCCGUGGGCCACUGCGUAAGCGCAGUGUGGCUAUGGCCAAGGCCAAGCCCAGGUUUAGCAUCUCUCCAGAUUCCCUGUCCUGAGCCAUGGUCCCCUGAGCUCCCACCCCACAUGUGUGCACAUGGGCAGUGUGGUAUGGUAUGUAGAGUGGACAUGGCGUGGCCCUGUCGGCCAGGCCAGGACCUGGUGUGAGGCCGGGCCCUCUGCAGUUCAGCCUUCCUGCUGCUGCUGGCCCAGGGUGUUACAAGGCAUUGUCACUGCCUAUUUAUGGCCUCAGUUGGAGUCUGUACUGGGUUAUUUUUGUUCCUGUUCCUCCCAGACCCAACUCAGGACUGGUUGGUCCUCCUCCCUGGACCCAAGGCUGGGGAAACUGCAGGAGGUGCUGGACCCUACAGCUGGGGCUCCAGCUACUUUUGGGGUCCCGUGAUCAACUGCCCACAAGCUGGGCAGAUGACUGGGGAAGAACAGUCCCGAACCUGCUGCUGCAUUUCUGUGGCCCCAAGAGAUGCCUGUGGUCAGGCCUCAGCCACCCUUGGUCCCUGAAAACGUGAUGAGCUACAGAGUGGGCGCGGCCAGCUGGGGAGGGCAGUUAGUGAGGGAGCACGUUCCAACUGGGAGAUCAGGGGUGUGGAGCCUGCACAGACAGGGACAGGCUGAGGCAGACAGGACCCCCCUCCAAGGGGCAGGCUCCCACAGGGAGAAAAAGGCAUGAGGAUGCUUAGCUUUGCUGAGUCCUGCUAAGGCACAGGGACAGGGAGAUGGGCCCUCUGCAUCUGCACCCUCAGUCCAAGCCUCUUAUCGUGAGGGCUCCGUGGGCUGGGGCUGCUGAGCCUGCCUAUUCCCAUUCUGUCCCACACCCUCAGAGGAUGGGGUGGGCUGGGGCAGACACCGGCAUGCCAGACAGAAAGAGGCCGAGGAGAAGGGUGUCGUGGGCCCACCGUACUUUGCGGGCCUCGGACUGAACUCUGGUGUUAGCUCCCCACCAGUGGCUGCCACUCACUUUGUCCAGAGGGUGACCAUGGAGGGUCCAUGGGUUGCUAGAAUAGGAGAUGUUGGAAAGCUCAGGGUGGUGGGGGUGAGCAAGGUCCCUGAGGUGAAGAGGGCGUUGGCCCUCGUGGGCUUGACCCCAAGCCUGGACUCCUGAGCAGUGUUGUGUGUAUUUGCUCCUAAUUCUGCCUUCUCCCUUGUCAAUAAAGCCUCCCUUCUUCAUGACCUAAA